AAAAAAGGAAAAGGAAGCUGUGCUGCCGCCAUUUCACGUGAAAAGCAGCGCGGUUAGACUACUACCGAGCGGUUGUAUUUUCAUACAAAUCAACUUAGAUUGAGUUGACGGAGGUUAAACUUCUUGUCAUUUUGAAGUCAGAGAUAUUUUUAUUAGGCUUUAGAGGCCUCGCAGUUUCAGUCUUAGCAGCCUAGCUCCGUGCUUGGAAACGACCAAGAAAAAAUGAGUUACGGUAGGCCGCCGCCAGACGUCGAAGGGAUGACCUCCCUCAAAGUGGACAACCUGACUUACAGAACUUCUCCCGAGACUCUCCGACGAGUUUUUGAGAAGUAUGGUCGGGUGGGGGACGUGUACAUUCCCCGGGACCGGUACACCAAAGAGAGCCGCGGUUUCGCCUUCGUGCGUUUCCUCGACAAGCGCGACGCUGAAGACGCAAUGGACGCCAUGGAUGGCGCGCUGCUCGACGGGCGCGAGCUGCGGGUUCAGAUGGCCCGCUACGGACGGCCGCCGGACUCGAUGUAUAGCCGGAGAGGUGCUCCACCGCGCAGGUACGGAGGCUACGGACGAAGAAGCAGGAGUCGCUCAGCCAGUCCCCGCCGUCGCAGACGAAGCCGCAGCCGCUCCAGGAGCAGAAGCCGUUCCCGAUCCAGGAGCCGUAACCGUUACAGCCGCUCCAGGUCUCGUUCCUACUCCAGGUCCAGAUCAAGAUCCAAGUCGAAGUCCAAAUCCAAGUCCAGAACGCCAAGGCGGAGCAAGUCAAAGUCUCCUUCCAGAUCUCGGUCUCGCUCCAGAUCCAAAUCCCGUUCCAGGUCCAAGUCCAAGUCGAGGAGUCGAACCCCGGGUUCCAACAGGGGGUCAAAGUCCCGAUCCAGGUCUAAGUCCAAGAGUGGACCUAAAUCACCAGGAAACAACGAAGCAGAGCCUUAACCCAAAUGUGGACGCAAUAUGACGAUCUUGCAUUGAGCCUUUGAGGACAUCCGGACAGCCUCACUUUUUGGCAAGAAUACUCCACUAUUGCCACUGAAUGCAGACUGAAAGGUUAAUUGGAUAUUGGUCUAAAAUGUUUUAAAUGUUUAAGUUCCUUUGUAAUCUGUUGAGACAAAUUCUGUAACUUUGACAUCAUUUGUAAAGCUGAGUAUAUUGAAGGGGAUUUAUGGGAUAUUUUUUUAAUUUACCGUUUUUGGGGUGGGCUUUUUCAUUGAAUUUGUAAGUAAUAAAUUCCUCUGAAACAAAAUAUAAUUUUCAGCAGGCUCUGUUAAAUUUUUGAAGAUGAAACUUAUUUGAAAAGUUGAUGUAGGAAAUGAUGUCUCUUUGUUUGCAGUAUUUACAGCUGUAUUGCCACUCAUACUGGGGGAGGGAAAUGGCUUAGUGUACAGUGACAUAAAAGCCAUUUAAAUUUGUUAUUUGCUUAAUCCAGCAAGAUUUUGUUUCUGCUUUUUUCUGUCUAGUUCAAGUUUCUUUCCUAUGACUCUAACACUCUUUCUUGUGUAUCUUUUGUGCACUAGGCGCAGUUGUGUAGCAGUUGAGUAAUGCUGGUUAGCUGUUAAGAUGCGGUGCAGUGCGGUGGUGACAUGGUGUGGCGUGUUGCGGUGCUGAGUGCCCGGUGCAGUUCCGGGGCUCGACCCUUCGCUGCCGUUUGCCGGUUUGUAAGCUCACAGGUGUGGCAGAUCAUCCAUCCUCUCCUGUCUGUGACCUCUACUUCCCUACAUGUGCUGUACAUAUUGUCUUCUAUCCUCUUUACCCUUCCUUCUCUUCUGUGUCCCAGCAUCAACCUUCUUUCUGUGGUUUAUCCACUGAAUUGGUCUUGCUUGCUUUGAAAAACUAGCCCAGUGGGACACUGAGAGAAUGGUUAAGAGGCAGUUAAUGGCUUCUUAUGAAAUCUUUUGAAUCGCAUUCUUCUGUGUACCUCAAAUGUCCUGUAACUGCAUCAAAUGAAUGCUAAUAAAGGUUUUUGUUGGAAUUCAA